GAUCCUCCUUUUUAAUAGACAACACAAUGUACACGAAAAGUGUCAUAGCAACUGCAAAUGAAAACAAAAUCUUUUUAAAAGGCUAACUAUAAACGUGAAAAUGUUUAUUUAUCUGAGUAAAAAGAUUGCUAUUCCAAAUAAUACUAAAAUUAAUGCAAUAGCCUGGAAUAAGUUAGAUGGUUAUAUUGCUGUUGGAGGAGAAAAUGGGCUUUUAAAAGUUCUAAAACUUGAUUCAUCUAAUGAUAACGAUGGAAGUGUAAAAAACAAAGGUCUCGCAGCCACAAGCAAUCUUUCAAUGAACCAGACUUUGGAGGGGCAUACCGAAAAUAUAGAAGUGAUAGUAUGGAAUGAAUCUCAUAAAAAAUUGACCACAAGUGAUGAAAACGGUGUAAUUAUUGUAUGGAUGCUUUAUAAGAAUGUCUGGUAUGAAGAAAUGAUAAAUAACCGUAAAAAGUCAACAGUAGUUGGAAUGUCAUGGAGUGCUGAUGGUCAAAAAAUAUGUAUUAUUUAUGAAGAUGGAGUUGUUAUAGUUGGUUGUGUUGGAGGAAAUAGAAUAUGGGGUAAAGAGCUGAAACCAAUACAACUAUCUGGAGUACAGUGGUCUCCAGACAGCAAGUUAUUGUUAUUUAGUUUGAAAACUGGAAUGUUACACCUAUAUGAUAAUCAAGGCAACUUUGUGAUGAAACUGAAUGUGCUUUGUCAUGACCCUUCAUUUGAAGCAAUUCCCAUAGUUGGACUUGACUGGUACAAUGGAAUAAAUGGAAAUAUGUAUUCACUGUGCCCAAAUCUAGCAAUAACUUUUGAAAAUGGAAAAACACAACUUAUGAAAAACGAAAGUGAUAUAUCUCCCAUUAUAGUAGAUACAAAAAUGUUUGCAGUCCAUUGUUCCUGGAAUCAUAAUGGAUCACUCCUUGCUAUUUGUGGCAGACAGUUUGCAGAAGAAAAACAAGUGAACUUAGUACAAUUUUAUAGUCCUUUUGGGGAACAUUUGAGGACUUUGAAAGUACCUGGAAAUUCAAUAGCACGCUGUGUUUGGGAAGGGGGAUCCUUAAGAGUUGCUCUAGCUGUUGAUUCAUUUGUAUAUUUUGCUAACAUCAGACCUGACUAUAAAUGGUGUUAUUUUAAAAAAACGGUAGUCUUUAGCUCGUUCAGACCUCAUAAACCUGGAAUAUGUCUCUCUUUUUGGGAUACCAGUAACAAUCAAUGUCAUACUAGAUGGGUACAUACAUUGCUAGGAAUAGCAGGAUAUGGUGAUCAUUGUGUAGUUGCUACAAAAUCUGAUAAUGAGGAUCCUUUAGGAAAAUAUGGUCUUAUACUUUAUAACACUUUAGGAACUCCAGUGGAUGGGAAAUACAUAAAUAUUGAACCCAUUGCAAUAGGUAUGAGUUCUUAUCAAGUUUUUGCAUCAUCAAGAAAUAAUUUUAUUGUUUGGUAUUACAAAACGCCAAAAUCCAUGUCAGCUAACAGCAACAGAAUAAAAAUGUUCCACAUAGACGAUAGUCCCUCAGGUGCAGUUGAAAUAAUUCAAGAAUUAGAGGGUGGAAGUAGUAUACCAGUUAGUACACAUGAAACUAUAGAUCCAGUGUGUUGCUUAGUUGCAAGUGAUAAAUGUUUAAUAAUUGGAAGAGAUUCCGGUCUUAUACAAUUUUAUGUAUUACCUCAUCUUGUACUAACUAACAGGUUUAAAAUUAGUACCCGGCCUCAUAAGAUGGCCAUUAACUGUAGCUCUACACGUUUAUCAAUAAUUGAUAUAUCUGGUUUAAUGACAGUACUUGAUAUAUCAGAAGGCGUGAGUAGGCCUGCAACCUCAUCCACAGAUACAAAAUUAGAACGUAAAGAUGUAUGGGCAAUGUGUUGGGCUUCUGAUAAUCCACAAUUAUUAGCCAUUAUGGAAAAGACUAGAAUGUAUAUCUUUAGAGGAAUGUACCCCGAAGAACCAGUAGCUUGUUCUGGAUAUAUAUGCAGUUUUAGUGAUCUAGAAAUUCAAGCUGUUCUCUUAGACGAAGUAAUAGAACAGCCUGAGAAGCCUCACAAAGACCAUAUCGUAAAAAUAGAGGUGAAGAGUUUAAGAGAUACCCGACAACUGCUAGAGAAAGUUGGUAUUAAUGAAGCUUGCCAGUUUGUCGAAGAAAACAGACAUCCUAGGUUAUGGCGACUUAUAGCAGAGGCAGCAUUAAAAGAAAUGAAUUUAACAAUGGCAGAAUCUUGUUUUGUGAGAUCAAAAGAUUAUUCAAAAGUUUUAUUUGUCAAAAAACUUCAAGAAGUGAACAAUUAUGCUAUAAGAAGGGCGCGCAUUGCUACUUAUUUCAAAAAUUUCGAUGAAGCUGAAAAAAUUUAUAUGGAAGCAGAUAGGAGCGACUUAGCUUUAAAACUGCGUCAAACUUUAGGCGAUUGGUUCAGAGUAAUUCAAAUUUUGAAAAAUGGUAUAACAGCUCCAGAUACAUUACUCCAAACGGCUUAUAAUGCAACAGCAGAUUACUUCGCUCAUUUUAAUAACUGGGCUUCUGCUAUUGAAUAUUACGAAUUAGCCAAAAAUACUUCAAAAGUAGUAGAAUGCUACUAUCAUUUAGAAGAUUGGCAGAACCUAGAUGCCAUGAUAGAUUGUUUACCAGAAGGUGAUCCUCUUCUAGAAAGAAUAGGUGAUAUGUUUGCUUCAAACGCAGUUCAUAAUGAAGCAGUAAAAGCGUAUGUCAAAGUUGGGAAAGUGAAAUCAGCUAUCAAUUUGUGUAUCAUGCACAAUAGGUGGGAUGUGGCUAUUGAUCUAGCAAAAACUUAUAAGAUUCCUAAAAUUUCAGAUUUGCUGGUGAAAUAUACUAGUCAUCUUGUAGAACAGGGUCAAAUUAUGAAUGCAGUACAAGUCAAUGUACAGGCUAAAUAUUAUCUAUUAGCUGCAGAGUAUGUUUUUAAGCUUGCCAAAAAAGAGUCCCAAAUAUACAGUAAUAAGUUGCUGCGUAUUAAAAAAUACUAUGUUUAUGCUGCCAGAUUGGUCGAAAUAAACAAAAAUCUAGAUUCUGGGGAUUGGCAACCCACUGAUGAACUUAUGGUUGAAAAUGCCUGGAAAGGAGCCGAGGCUUAUCACUAUUACAUGAUGUGUCACAGAUAUUUAUAUUAUGAAAAACCACACGAAGCAUUGUGUACAGCUUAUAAGUUACAAGAUUAUCAGGAUUACAUUUGUCCCGUCGAUGUGUAUUCGCUUUUAGCUUUUGCUGCAUACCUUGAUCGAAAAUUUGGAGUGUGCUCUGCAGCUUUGAUAAAUCUUAAAAGCUUGAAAAAUAUUUCAGAAGUGGAAAAAAGUCGGUAUGAAAAGCUAGCUCUGGAUAUAUUUGCCCGUAACAAACCAAUUAAUCCUGACACUAAUAUGAUUUGUUGUGACUAUUGUGCUCAUUCAAUUCAUGACUGGUAUACACAGUGUCCUAAUUGCAACAUCCAUUUUCCUACGUGCAUAGCUACGGGUCGUUCGAUUUUGAGUAGAAAAAUCUGGUUUUGUAAGUUCUGUAAACAUUCAGCAAUAGAAUCACAAAUGAUGAAUGAAACUGUAUGCCCCUUGUGUCACUCUAAAAACUAGCUACACUAACAAAAAAAAUAUUUUCAUCGUUGCCGUCCAAAUAACAUGAUCUCUUGUAGUUUGUAGUUUUUAGUUUAUCAAUAAAUAUUUUUUUCUCUGUC